CGACAAUACGGACGUAAAACUGGGAGAGGGUUUGUUUUGUUUGUGGCUAGUGGCUACCAGUUUUCCUCGUGGACGAAGCCAUACCACAGGCAAAAAGGGUUAGUUAUUAGUAUAUUUGGCCAUACGAGCUUAAUACCCACCUUUCAGUCGUCUGAAAAUGUCUACAUUACUAAUGUUGCGCGUGUUCUUAAAUGAGCGUUUAACAGCGGCUGCUGUGGAGAUUUUCGGGGCAGUUGAGAAAACGGUAACCGAGUACCAGGAGGAGAAUGAUAAUCUGCGGAGACUGCUGCGGAUAACCCCGGACAUAAACCAAUGUAGAAAAGAGCCCCUUCAGUUAUCUGUUGCUGUCACUGAAGACAAGGUUCCCCCUAAGCAGCAGCACUCUGAGCAGGAGUGGAGAACCAGUCUGCAGCAGGAGGACCGAGAACCCACACAGAUUAAAGAGGAACAGGAGGAACUCUGGACCUGUCAUGAGGAAGAUUUCAGUGUGUUCAAAUUACCUCCUUGUGUGAAAAGUAAAUGUGAUCAGGAAAACCCACAGUCCUUUUCUCUUCCCCAAACCCAGACAGUGGAGAACAGAGACAGUAACUCUAAACCAGUGGACCUCCCACAUUUUGUCACCGUUACACAUCUAGAGGGUCUCGACAUUCCCUGUGACCCUCCAGAUAAUCAAAACUAUAGCCACAGCUCAUCUGUAAGCGGUGACCUAGUAGGACUUAGGCUGCUGUCACCAUUCCAUCACAGCCCACCACUGGAUCCCAACCCAUCAAUGGGGGAACACUGUCUCAAACCCAGCACCACGUCUAGAAAAACUCACCGCUGCGGUGACUGUGGUGAAACGUUUGCUCUGACAGCUGACCUGCAGGAGCAUGUGACUCUCACCAAGAGACCCAGCGAAUGCCGUCUCUGCAAAAAACGCUACAACUCCACCUGUGAAUUGAAGGCCCAUGUCAGAUUCUGUCAUGUGGAGAGACCCUGCACCUGCCCCUUUUGUGGAAAGACCUUCAAACUCAAAGGACAUCUAUCCAGGCAUAUGAGGAUUCACACAGGAGAGAAACCAUUUGGCUGUGGUGACUGUGGGAAGAGCUUCAUUCAGAAGGGGGACUUAAUGAGACACAUACUUACUCACACAGGAGAGAAACCAUUUAGCUGUAAAGACUGUGGGAAAAGCUUCAAUCGGAAGGGGAACCUAACUGAACACAUACGGACUUGCACAUACUGAGUUACACAGGAAAGAAAGUUCCCAAAGAAACAAAGUAUUUAGGACAAAGACAUCUUGUCAGAUGGACAACACUCUUUGGAAAAGCAAAGCAACUCUGGCUCAUUCAUUCUGUGGGUUUCAGAUAAAUCAAUGUCAUGAAUUUACUUUUGCAAAACAUAUUUAAAGGUUUGAUUUGAUCCAACAAUAGAGUAAUUCAAUUUAUGGUCUGCUGCUCAAAGUCUCUUGAUGUAUUCACACCAUUAUAUACAGGAAUUCCUUGUAGUUUGUUUUGGAAUGUCUCGAAUAGUCCAAGAAAUUGUCCUUGCAUUCGUCAGAUCAUUUUUUCAAAUCUAUAAAACUGAUCUAUGGUCAAAUGUGGUUCCCCUCAUGGUUAUCAGUAGGAUUUGUGGAGCCAGUGGAGGGUAAACCGCUCCUGAAACGGAUCCUGUGAGGGCAGCACUUACCAUGGGAGGGCAGCACUUACCAUGGGAGGGCAGCACGCAAUGAGUUGGAAUAAUAAU